GAUGAACAUGGCAGUUGUAUCAAAGAAAACAUUUUAUUUCAAGAGCAAAUAAACACAUCUGAAGAUUUCAAGAGCAUGAAUCACAAUGGAUGAUUUUAUCAGUACAUGUUAGCCAUUAGGCUCAGUGCUUGAUUUCAAAGCUAGUGACCACCUAUGAUUACAAUGAUGAUAAGGACAUCGCAAGGACUUUCCAGAUUUGUCUGUAGCAUUCUGCUUUUAUCUUUCUCUGGAAUUUUAUACAUACUAAGCUCAGAAAGCAACAGAGGUAAUGCUGCUGAGAAAGAGAUCAACUGCAAGAGAAAGAAGACUUUUGGCAAAGAUUUACCCUUGACGGCUCUUGCAAGUUUCCCCGGAAGUGGUAACACCUGGGCACGUCAUCUCAUUCAGGAAUUAACAGGUAUAUAUACUGGGAGUGUCUAUAAUGACAAGUUAAUGGCAGUUGAUGAAUUCCCUGGCUCCCUAAUCUACAACAGCUCAGUUAUAGCUAUCAAGACACAUUUACCAGUGCUUCAAACACCUUCAGGCACAAGGUAUGAUAAAGCAAUUUUACUACUGAGGGAACCCUAUGACACAUUUCUUGCUGAGUUCAACAGAGCAAAGGGUGGCAAAAAAACAGGUCAUGCAAAGAAAGAGGCGUUUACCAAAUGGGAUAAAUUUGUCACCAAAAGCAUAACAGAGUGGUCUUUCUUUGUGGACACAUGGUUAAACUUCAAACCCAUGCUCUACGUAUUAAAAUAUGAACUAUUAAAGUCAAAUCUUAAGGAAGAGCUGCGGAAAGUAGCAGAAUUCCUUGAUGUGGACGUAUCAACUCACAGUUUAAACUGUGUUGUCCAGAAUGCUGAAGGAAAUUACAAAAGACCAAAAAAUAAAGAUGAUUUUAAUCCACUGGAUAUGUUGACAGAAAAUACAUUAACAACAUUAAGGAGUAUAAAGUAUAGAAUUUAUAGUCGAAUCUCUGACACUGGUUUGAAUGAUCAUUAAUAUUUAUUUACCUAUUCUAUUAUUUAGGGAUUAUGUAGGGUGAAUCAAAUAGUAAAGACAGUUCACAACAAUAAUUGCACUUAAAUGUUCUACUUUGUAUGCAUGAAACUGAAACUGCUACAAAGUCAUAGUUGACUUUCUAAUACGCCAUGAAGUAUUUUAUUCGGCAUAUGUCUAAUGGAAUCACAUAUGUUUAUCUUUGUAUCAUGGCAAGCCAUUUUGAACAAUGGUCUACACGACCUGUA